AUGUUUAAUCCGAAGCUUCCGCCAAUAAAAGUCAAGCCUGAGGCCGACGACUCAGACGCGUCAUUGCAACUGAAAGAGCCGAGCCGCGAUGCCGAGCCGCUGUCACCAACAGCUCGUUUUUAUCUUUCCGACGAGUUCUACACGACUAUUACGUGCGCGCUGGAGUUGAAGGACCGCAUGGAGAUCGGCGAGCUCAGAACGAUUCUCUCGGAUACCCUUUUGAAACAUCCUCGCACAGAGCACCGCGGCCGUUGCAAGGACGGCGAGCAGGUGUGGGUGCGGACGACCGUCGACAUGGCCUACCACGUCGUGGAAGGCACACAACCCGACGGAUAUGACAAUAACGCGGACAGCGCGGAGCGCUCCGGCGCACAACCCGAUGAUGAACGCGGCACAACAUCGCUCGUUCCCGCGCGCUUAGAGACUAGAAGCCGCCGUCCGCCAAUAGUAUUGCAUUUGCGCACAACUAUGACGGAGUAUAGUGGGCCUUCAUACGAUGACAAAUUCGACGACGAAGAGCUUGGGAGGAAGGUGCUAUCAAAUCCGUUACUUUCGGCCCUUGCCUUUUCCGCGAUGGAAUCGGCGUGCUAUGAGGCGGGGAGCAUGGAGUGGCACAUGCGGCGCCUGCAACACCAGAAGCCCCUUGACGCCUCCCGCCCUCUCUGGCGCGUUUACCUCGUGCCUCUGCCUCACGGCCGCUCCGCUGCUCUCUUCCGCAUCCACCACUCCAUGGGCGACGGCGUGUCGCUCAUGUCUCUCCUGCUGGCCUGCACUCGCCGCACCGACAACCCCGCGCUCCUGCCCACCCUCCCAAGCGCCAAACGCCAGACUCACCCCCAGCCCAGCAGUGCAGGCUCCCAGCCCAGCAGUGGCGCUGCAGCGGCGGUGGUUGAGGAGAGUGAGGAGCUGAGGAAGCAGCUGGGAGACUCGUGUGGGCCUGAGGAGGAGGAGCAGUUAAAGCCCGGGAAAGUACACAUGCCGUCUGCAGCGUCAGCGUUUACACUUGACUCGAUGACUGUGUCUCCGUUCAACCCAGACUCAGUUGGGCAGGCAGACGCAGCAGCACAAGGGGUUACAGCAGAUGCGGGUGGGAAUGGGAGUGCGGGUGGUGGGGGUGCCUUGGGGAAAGAGGCAGGGGCGGUAGGGAAAAGAGGGGCUGGGGGAGGUGCAGGGGGAGGGUUGGUGAGUGUGGGGAGGCGGAUGUGGCAAGUGGUAGCUGUGCUGGCGAACACACUUUGGUUCGUGUCAACGUUCAUGGCUGUGGUGCUGUGGCACGCUGAUACUGCCACGUGCAUCAAGAUGAAGCCUGGGAGUGGUGGCAUGCGGUUGAAGGCAGUGAAAGGGGGAAAAGGGAGCGGUGCAGUGCAGCAGCAGCCGGAUGAGGGGGGGGCUCGAUCGCUACCUGCGCCACCACCACAAGCAGCAGGCAAAACGAGCAUGUAG